GCGGAGAAUGUUUAGUUUUCCUUUAUUAGGCUUUUACCAUUUUGCUCAAUAUUAUAAUUUAUAGAUUAUCACAACCAUUUGUGUAAAGCGAAGUACAGAAACUGGAAGAGCAAAUCUAAAUUGAGAACAAAAUCAUUGACAAUUGCUAAUCAGAAACGCUCAGGCUGUUGUUCUUCAAACUCCAAGGCGCAGAUCCAAGAGGUGUUGAAACCCUUGUUUUCUCUUAUUUUCUUUCAAAAUCCAUCAUAUCUCUUAACCUUUUUCUCGCCCGCACACUAACAGGAGAAGGGAACGAUUUUAAUAUAGGAGCCAUUUGAAGUGUUAUAUAUUCACUUGAGAAAAUGCCCUCUCAAAAGAUUGAGACAGGUCAUCAAGACACAGUUCAUGAUGUGGCAAUGGAUUACUAUGGUAAGCGCCUUGCAACUGCCUCAUCGGACCACUCAAUCAAGAUUAUUGGGGUUAGCAACAAUACUUCCCAGCAUCUUGCUCAGCUGACUGGCCAUCAAGGCCCUGUUUGGCAAGUAGCCUGGGCUCACCCAAAGUUUGGGUCCUUGCUUGCUUCAUGUUCUUAUGAUGGGCGUGUCAUAAUAUGGAAGGAGGGCAAUCAGAAUGAGUGGACUCAAGCUCAUAUUUUUGAUGACCACAAAUCAUCGGUCAACUCUAUUGCUUGGGCACCUCAUGAGGUUGGUCUUUGUUUGGCUUGCGGCUCUUCCGAUGGAAAUAUAUCAGUUUUUACUGCACGAGCAGAUGGUGGUUGGGACACAUCCAGAAUUGAUCAAGCUCACCCAGUUGGUGUAACUUCAGUUUCUUGGGCCCCAUCAACUGCACCCGGUGCUCUUGUUGGUUCUGGUUUGCUUGACCCUGUUCAGAAGCUUUGCUCAGGUGGUUGUGACAAUACUGUGAAAGUGUGGAAGCUCUACAAUGGAAUUUGGAAGAUGGACUGUUUUCCAGCUCUUCAAAUGCAUACAGAUUGGGUAAGGGAUGUGGCGUGGGCACCUAACUUGGGCCUUCCAAAAUCAACGAUUGCUAGUGCUUCCCAGGAUGGGAAGGUUAUUAUAUGGACUGUGGGAAAGGAAGGGGAUCAAUGGGAGGGUAAGGUCUUGCAUGAUUUCAAGACUCCUGUUUGGAGAGUCUCAUGGUCACUCACUGGAAACAUAUUGGCUGUUGCUGAUGGGAACAACAAUGUGACUCUGUGGAAAGAAGCUGUUGAUGGGGAGUGGCAACAGGUGACUACAGUUGAUUCCUAGAUCAUCAGUCCUUUAUUACGUUUUUCCUUUUCCUUUAAAACUAUAUUGUGUUUUUGUUCCAUUGCAUUAUAUGAUGAAAACUUAUUUUUCCUUGAUGUUCUUCCAUAGUUGGAGUGUUUUUGUUGGAUAUUUGGGUCCUCAUGUUUUGGACAUUUAGCUUCUCGUAAAACCUUAGUUUGCCAGAUAGGAUGGUUCAUGUAGUUUGCACUUUGCAACUUAAGCCCAUAUUGUUCAAUGAAUGCAUAGAUCAUUUCUGACGCUGUUUAUCA